GCUGUCAGAGAGUCCUCUGAACAGGACCUGUUUCAGGCUUCAUGUCUCAGAGCAGAGAGCAGACAGGGGACAGGGGACAGGGGACAGGUGUGAACCUGGGACACUCUGAGCACGAGACACACCUGACAGGUGAUCCGGCUCGGACAGGAGUCCUCAGAGAGCCAGGUUCCUCCUGUGACAACAGCCAGCACCGAGGCUUUAAAGGGUUCAGACUGAGACCAGAGCUGCGAUCAGGAUUCACAGGUACACACCUGCGCGCGCAGUGGACAGGUGUGAAGUCAACGCAGGUGCGUGCGCGUGCGUGCCGGCAAAGUGAAGCAGACAUGAACCACAUGGAGCACAUGGACCACAUCAACCACAGCACCAUGGAAACUGAUCACACCCACCAUCAUCAUCACACCAUGGCCCCGCCCACCACCAACGGACACGACCACGGAGGAGGAGGAGGAGGGCAUGAGGGACAUGGAGGAAUGGUGAUGACCUUCUACUUUGGCUACGAGAACGUGGAGCUGCUCUUCACCGGACUCCUCAUCAACUCUCCUGGAGAGAUGGUUGGGGCGUGUAUCGGGGUCUUCCUGCUGGCGGUCUUGUACGAGGGGCUUAAGAUGGGUCGUGAGACGCUGCUGCGUCGCAGUCAGGUCAACGUCCGCUACAACUCUAUGCCGCUGCCGGGGGCGGACGGGACGGUGCUGAUGGAGACGCACAAGACGGUCGGACAGCGGAUGUUAAGCCCCGCCCACUUCCUGCAAACCUUGUUGCACAUCGUUCAGGUGGUCGUCAGCUACUUCCUGAUGCUCGUCUUCAUGACCUACAACGCCUACCUCUGCAUCGCCGUGGCCGCUGGUGCUGGCAUGGGCUACUUCCUGUUCAGCUGGCGAAAGGCGGUGGUCGUUGACAUCACGGAGCACUGCCAUUAGCGAGCUGCUAGCUGCUUGCACCCAGCUGUGAGCCACGAGCUAACAGCAGGUCCUCUGAUUCUUUCUGAUCACAAUUGAUAAAAUGCUAAUGCUAACACUUUCCCUCUGUUAGCUUGCUAUCAAACCUAGGACUACAAAUCCCAGAAUGUUAGCGACAAACAGAGUUAGCAGUUAAGAGACACUAAAUGACUAAUGUUUCUCUGUAACCAUGGUAACACCCUGCUGUAGGUUAGCACACACUAACAGAGAGAGGUUAGCGUUUAUUUACAUUCGUCACAAACUUUUUAACAUUUUCUUUAAUUUGAACUCCUGCUGGAGGACGAGCCGGCCAAUCACAGCUCAGAUCACCUCGGGAGAUUCUAAUUGGCCAAAAUCAAAUCAUGAUGUUUUUUAUUUACCUUUUGGUGCCAUGACAACCAGAGAGUUAGCGCUCGCUGCUGCUAGCUAACGUCAGCACAUGUAGCUUUUAUAUUCACCUGUGUUAGUUAGCUUAGUUAGCCGCUGGCUAGCAGAGGAGACGGGUAAACGAUGAGCUCAUAGAAACGUCUGUUUAGAUUUUAUUUCAUUAAAAACAUUUUAAAAUGUUUCUUUAAGUUUUUACUCUUCGUCCUGAGCAGCCAAUCAGAGCUCAGCACGGUUGUUUGUUUGUCGGAUGUAACCAUGACGACGCUUCAGAAGUGAUUUCAUAUAAAAACACUUUAAACGUCUUUUUCCCUCGGCCACCGCCGGCCUUAAACCCACACCUGCUGCCUUAACCGGCCGACGGCGGCCAUGUUGAGUCUCUGGUCUCUUCGCUGCGUACAGGUGUGUUUUUGAACGAGGUCAAAGGUCACCAGGAACUAAAGGGGGUGUGUUUGUAAAGACCAAAAACCCAAGCAGAAAGCGCGGACGGCGUCCUGCUCGUCUGUCUCUGGCUGAGGUCGACUUCUGUGAUGUCAUUGUGAAUUAUUGUGAUUAUUUCUUAUUGGUUCACACUGGGAGGUGGGCGGAGUUAACUCACUGGACCAAUCGGGUUGCAGGGACGGAUUCCGGUUACUGGAUUUUUAUUCUGAAAACAACUGUUGAGAGCACAGCGACACCAUGUGGACACAAGUAUAAUGACGGUUCACAGGCUGCCGGCCUCUCACACACACACACACACACACACACCAUGUGACAAGUGUGUGUGUGUGUGUGUUCAGGCUGAGUCCUCUCGGUGUGGAUCUGAUGGUCUGUGUGUCGUUAAAUGAAGUCGAUGAAUCUGUCUGAAGGAAGCGUUUGUGUUGAAAUGAUGAACUGUCAAAAAUGCUGGAAUCAAAAAAACCAAUAAACUUUAUGAAGAAGAAAGUC